UAGCAGUUACGUUUGUUCUCUCACACAAUGCUGUUUUGCACGAGGUCAAGUGAUCUUCCCAAAAUGACAAUUAACGAUGUACAUAGGAUUAUAUGUUGCUGCCCUUCAAGCAAGACGGUAAAGGGGUUCAAAUUGUUGCUACGUUUUCAAGCUACAUUGACGAUUACGAAGUAAAGCAGCGGACUGCACGAGGCGGGGCCACAGGAGUCAACUGUCAUGGUCGAAGGUUCGAUGUGCUUCGUGAACAGACUCCUACACCUAUCACACCGUUGUCUGGGGGGAAACACUUCUCACUGAGUUGCCUAUGUGUGUUUUUGUCGGUUUAGAGGAGCGGAGAGGAGGGCAGGAAGAUGAUGACAGCAGAGGAAGAUGACCCGCAAGGCGGAGACGAGCAGAGCACCGCGCCCGGAGAGGCAGGGGCCGGGCGGGGCAGGGCCGGGAGCGUAGAGGGGGUAUCGGCCACGGAAAAUUAUGUCACUUCCUGUCCUGAGGAGCCAGUUACCGACGGCAACAAAGUGACUGCUCAUGUAGAGGGCGCUGGGGGAAUUCCCUUGCCCAGUGGUUGCCAGGUGGUUGUCCCGGACAACCAGAGAUCAGCCAAGGAGAGAUUUCAGAGAGCCUGUCUGUGGAGCAUCACCAAGUACAAGAGCACCAGGCAGGUGUUGAAGGAGCGUAUGGGCCGGGCCUCUCGCACUGUGGACCAGGAGCUCCAGAACCACAUCCUGGUUCUCCAUGACGACCGGCAGCGCUACGAUCAUGUGACCCGCCUGGCCCAGACCCUGGCCGACCAGCUCAGCCAGCUCACAGUCACGCAAAGCAUGCUGGGAGACGCCUUCGCUGAGCUCAGUGUCCGCUCCCCGGAGCUGCACGUGGAGUUCAGUGUGAAUGCAGACACCCAGAGGUUCCUCAGUAAGGGUGGAGAUGGUCUGGUGGGCUCCGUCACCUCCUUCAGCACUGAGAUGACCACGCUGGUCAACAAGACCAUAGAGGACACACUGGUCAAUGUCAAGCAGUACGAGGCUGCCAGGGUGGAGUACGAUGCAUACCGGUGUGAUGUGGAGCAGGAAGCCCUGGCCGCCCAGACGCCCCGGGGUCAGGCCAGGCUGGAGCAGGCCAGGAAGGCCCUCCAGAACCACCAGGACCAAUACCACCAGGCCAGAGACGACCUGCAGAUCAAACUGCAGCUGCUGCAGGAGAACAAGGUGAAGGUGCUUCACAACCAGCUGGUGUUGCUGUACAGUGCCGUGGCCUCCUGUAAUUCCUCCAGCCUCCUCCACCUCCAGCAGGGCAGCGCCCGCCUCUCCCUGCCCAGCCAGGUGGCUCCUUCCUGGCUAGAGCACAGCUGACGCCCCCCCUCCCCUCCUUUACCUCCACCAUCAUCACAGCCAUCAUCACCACUGUCACCACCACACCCUCCAGCUCUCACUCCUGCUGGUUCACUUCUCACUGCAGCAGAAACUCUUCCCACACUCCUUCUCUACCUCUCACACUCCCUCCCACACUCUCUCUCCCUCUGUCUCUCCCUCCCACACUCUCUCUCCCUUGCCCCCACACUCCCUCUCUCUCUCCCUUUCCCUCUCUCUCCCUUUCUCUCUCCACCUCCCACACUCCCUCCUCCCCCCUCAUCUUCUUCUCUUGAAAAUCAACACUACACAUUCUAGGGGUCAGAGUUCUCUACUCCUGGACCAGGCUGUGUGUGUGUGUGUCUCUAA